GCGGCGGAGGAUGGGGCGGAGCUGGAGGGUGCUUCCGGCUAGCGGAGUGGCGCGGGUUCGGCACGUGUGUCACUCCCCGGGUUUCCUGGAUUACCCCAGGCCGUGGUGAAUGUCAGGCCGAGUUUCUCUUCAGGCAUAAGGAUGAAGGCAAGAAGAAAUAAAAAACAGCUCCCAAGCUUUCGAAAGUUGCUAAAAACUAGUAAAGUCAAACUUGAAAACAAGCUAAAAAAUAAGCAGUUUAAACAACAAAGCACUCUAAAGAAGUACCGAAAAGAACAGAGGAAACUAAGGCAAGCUGUAAAAGAUGCUGUGUCUAAGAAACCUGUUCCAUUGGAGGACCCAAAGGAUAAACGACGAGGUAAAAGGAUUGAGAGGAAAGAGGAAGAAGAAGAGGAAGCCCUGCCAUUAGAUAUGAUGGACGAAGAUGACUUACAGUUAAUGAAGGAUUUAGGACAGAGAGCAUCUUUUCUAACAAGAGAUCUGUCUUCUAGCGAACCUGUUCAUACCAAGAAACGAAAGCAUGAGCGCAUUAUAGAUAAAUAUGAAAAAAUGCCAAGAACUCUGCAGGCCGCACCAGAGAAGGAACUGAUUCAUUUACUUCCUAUCAAAGAUAAAAGUGGUAUAAUCCCACAGACCAGGGAGAAGCCAGUUAUUAACAGUAACAAAGAUGAAGAGGAUCAAGAAGAAGAGAUGGAACUUGAGGAAGAGAUCACUGAAGAUCCUAUUCGAGAGCUGACUGUAGAAGAACAUUUAAUUGAGAGAAGGAAGAAACUACAGGAGAAGAAACUGCAUAUUGCAUCCUUGGCAUCUGCUAUAAUAUCAGAUCCAGAAAGUAAUAUUAAAAAAUUGAAAGAGUUACGUUCCAUGCUGAUGGAACAGGAUCCUGAUGUGGCUGUUACGGUUCGAAAGCUGGUGAUAGUUUCUCUGAUGGAAUUAUUUAAAGACAUUACUCCUUCAUAUAAAAUCCGACCCCUCACAGAAGCAGAAAAAUCUACCAAGAUGCGCAAAGAAACCCAAAAGUUGAGAGAGUUUGAAGAAGGCCUGGUUAGCCAAUACAAAUUUUAUUUGGAAAAUCUGGAGCAAAUGGUUAAAGAUUGGAAACAAAGGAAGCUGAAGAAAAGUAAUGUAGUUUCCUUAAAGGCGUACAAAGGACUGGCAGAAGUGGCUGUGAAGAGCUUGUGUGAGCUAUUGGUGGCACUACCUCAUUUCAACUUUCACAACAACAUCAUUGUUUUGAUUGUCCCUCUCAUGAAUGACAUCUCGAAAUCAAUAUCUGAAAUGUGUUGUGAGGCCGUAAAGAAACUCUUUAAACAAGAUAAAUUAGGCCAGGCUUCUCUUGGUGUAAUUAAAGUGAUUUCUGGUUUUGUGAAGGGCAGAAAUUACGAAGUUAGGCCAGAGAUGUUAAAAACAUUUUUGUGCCUAAGAAUCAAGGAAGUAGAAGUGAAAAAAGAUACAGAGGACAUUAAUAAGCCAAAAAGGUUCAUGACUUUCAAGGAAAAGAGAAAAACUCUAUCAAGAAUGCAGAGAAAGUGGAAGAAAGCAGAAGAGAAACUAGAACGAGAGCUUCGGGAGGCAGAAGCUUCAGAGAGUACUGAGAAAAAACUUAAACUUCACACAGAGACUCUGAAUAUUGUGUUUGUAACUUACUUCAGAAUAUUGAAGAAGGCCCAGAGGUCACCUCUUCUGCCAGCAGUUCUAGAAGGUCUUGCCAAGUUUGCUCACCUUAUAAAUGUGGAAUUUUUUGAUGAUUUAUUAGUAGUUCUUCAUACUCUCAUUGAGUCUGGAGACCUAAGCUAUCAAGAAAGUCUUCACUGUGUCCAGACUGCUUUUCAUAUACUUUCUGGACAAGGUGAUGUUCUGAAUAUUGAUCCAAUGAAAUUCUAUACACAUCUCUACAAAACACUGUUCAAGUUACAUGCAGGUGCUACCAAUGAAGGUAUUGAGACGGUACUCCAGUGCCUUGAUGUCAUGCUGACUAAGCGCCGAAAGCAAGUUUCUCAGCAGCGAGCCCUUGCCUUCAUCAAGCGCCUUUGUACCCUCGCUCUUCAUGUUCUUCCAAAUUCAAGUAUUGGCAUUUUGGCAACUACCAGAAUAUUAAUGCAUACUUUCCCCAAAACAGAUUUGUUACUUGACAGUGAAUCUCAGGGAAGUGGGGUUUUCCUCCCUGAGCUGGAUGAGCCUGAGUACUGUAAUGCUCAGAACACAGCGCUGUGGGAAUUGCAUGCACUGCGGAGACAUUAUCAUCCCGUAGUGCAGAGAUUUGCAUCUCACCUGAUCGCUGGAGCACCUUCUGAGGGCUCUGAAGCACUCAAACCGGAGUUGAGUCGAAGAUCUGCUGCUGAACUUUUUGAGGCCUAUAGCAUGGCAGCAAUGACAUUCAAUCCUCCUGUUGAAUCUUCAAACCCCAAAAUGAAGAGUAAAGUGUUACAAGGGGAUUCAUUUUUGAAUGAAGAUUUAAAUCAACUAAUCAACAGACAUUGCAAUGAGGUUGUUACACAGUCGCCUCUGGAUUUUGCCAAAUAUUUGGAAACAUCACUACAGUAGAAGAAUGAAGAGCCAGUGGACUUUCUUGUAUAUAUGUGUGUAUGCAGAUUCACAUAAAGAUGAGUUAUUAACUUAGGACCUUUUCUUUUUAUACAAGAAAAGCUCCUUAAGAAUGAUUAGGAAGGGAAGGAAGAAUUACCCUUUUUAUGGCACAGGGUUCUGCCCCAAUUCUGAAAAUGUCAUUUCGUUAAGGAGAUUGAAAGCCAUUUUCCCCCCAAUAUUUGGAAAUUUUUUUCAGUAAGAUGCUGGGUUUUUAAAACUUCAUGUACAUAUUAAGUUAUAUGUUUAAAAAAUAUAUAAGUUGUACAGUUUAAAAAACAAAAUCUUUGGACUGGAUCUUACUGAAAUUCAGUUGCUAUAUUAAAAUUAGGGCAUAGAGCAUAGAAAAAUCAAGACCAUUGAGAAUACUUUUUAUCAUUUACCUACUCUUUUUAACUAAAUAGAUAUUAUUUUUAUUUCAACACUACAGAUGGAAACAAGAAACAUUUUAAAUUUGAGUGAAUAUAUUUUUAUGAUGAUUUUUGAGGAAAAAAGUAGCUUGAAAUUGGACUUAGGAUUAUUAGCUCUUGCCAAUACACCUCUAGAAGUAAGCUAAUUUGACCUUUUUAAAAAAGGAUGAGUGUUUUUUGUGGCUACUUCCAAAGAAAGUUUGAAAGUGAUUUGAAUAUAUUUGAAAUUCUUUGCAUAUUCUUACAUGAACUGGAGGGUGAUGGGGGAAGAAUUGCUCCAGGGCAGAAGAACCAAGUCCAAGAUUUUACCAUUCUGUUCUAGGGACAAAGGGUACCCAGUGAGGGGUUCCCCUGUGCCCCCAACAGGUAAAAUGUGCUUUUUUUUUUUUUUAAUAAUUAUAAAGCAGUAUUUUAUGCAACAGCUACUCCCAUAUUCUAGGAAUGGCCUAAGAAAUGCAUGUUUCAGUGACCAGGUUAUAAAUAUUCUCUACUGUGAAUAGUUGAAUAAAACAGCUGUUUUCUCUGCUUCCUA